AUUACUGCCUUGUGACGCAUAGUUUACAUCAACAGGUAUAUCAGUCUAGUAUUAAUAUUGAGGAAACCCUUUGAAGGAUUUUUAGUGAUGAAAUAGAAAAUAAAUUUGGUGCUUUUUAUGUCCAAAACCAUGGAUCAAAGCAGAUGGAGAAAAUACAGGAAGAUUUUCUAUAGUAGGUCAGUUUCAGUUGGUAACAGACCUAUUUGUGUGUCUUCAAGACAAUAUGCAGUGCUUCAUUUCAUUGUGAUAUGAAUUAUCUCAGAAUUGAUCUGUGGUAAUACUGUACUAAAAAAUAUUUUUAGUUCUCAUUGUUUUCAUGCAAUGCCCCUUUAACUUAACUUAAUGCCUGAAUAGAAAAGUGAGUUUAAUUUCUUGUGUGUGCAGGGAGAUACUGAUUUUGUAGUUCUUGCCUUCCUAUAAUUCCUAUUGAAACAGAUAGAGAUUGUGUGCAUAAGGAGUGCUAGGACAAAUAUCUUUGUCAGAUAUUUGAUUUCCAGUUUUUUGCACAACUGAUGUUAGUGGUGAUCUCUGCAUUUACGCUGUGAGGCUAAUGUUGAUGUUUGACCAUGUGUUGCAGUUCAAAACUCUAAGACCAAGUUAUUUCUCAGUGCCAGUGUUGAAAUCCCGAUUUACUCCUGGGGUAUGAGCCAUGUGGUUUAGAGGGAUGUGACCCUUCAAAGAUGCCCAAAGAUGUUAAGUGUGUUAAAAGAAGAAUGAACAUUCCUAGAAGGCCUUGAUGCUUAGAAGUUCUAAAUUUCUUGUUAAACUACAGUGGGAGAAUAUUGUCCUGAGUAGCAUACUGUCCUGAAUUUCUUACAAGUGGUGGUGGUGGUGGUGGUGUUUUUAGGGCAUUUGAAAACCUAGCACUGAAAGGAAGCAAAAAGCAUGACUUAGAAACGGAGAUUUACUCAUGGGGUAUGGGAUGAGAGGGGAUGAGGGAGUGAGAGAGAGCAAGAGAGACUUAUUUUGCUGAAAGGGUGAACGAAAAGAAACAAAAUUACUCUCACUGGUAAAUUCAGGUACCUCCUUAAUUGAACAACAUGAGCACACAAGCGGGGUGCAGAUAAUAGACAAAGGAAAAAGAAAGGAAAUCACUCUGGGCUGGGAUUAGAACCUGGGGCUUUCCAUAUGGGAAAAAUAAUUUACACUUAAAGAGCCUAUUCUCGUAAAGGAAGGGAGAACAGUGUAGUUGAGUUAUGCUAGUAAAAAAUAUAUUUCUGUAUUAAUUCGUAUUUUUUUUAAGUACUAUUUGUGCUUUUAUUUUUAUACUAUUCACAGUAAACUCCUGACACUUCUGCCCCCUCAUAGCAGACACCUAACAAUGAAGCAGCUUCAAUUAAGAAGCAGAACAUCAGCCUCUGGCAUCUUACUCUGUUGUUCCAUCUUUUUUGCUAGGGAGAAUUCAUUUGUUUCUUAAUUAAGAAAAACACCAAUAGCAUGAAAAAUCUGCUUAUGGUACCUGAAUGGUAAUUAGGUGAAAGGUAAAAAAGAAACACACACAUACAUUCCAGUAGCAGCCAAAAUGAACUUGAGCUGAUAAAAAUGAACUAAACUACCCUUGCAUAAAUCGAGGCUGAGAGAAGUGUACAGUCAUUAUGGCUAAGACAAUAUGCAAACUAUCUUCAAAGAAAUCAAAUUGCUAGAGUGUUUUCAUUUGCAUGUAUUAACUAUUAACAUAAUGAGGAGAAGUGACAUUGGACCCGGAUUGUGUGUCUGCUUGGAUUGAUAACUCUACGGCAUCUGCAAACAGGCGCCCAAAAAUCAGACUGGUAGUCAGAUCAGUGUUGAACUCUGAAGUGUGUAUGGGUUUUUGGGGGCUUUUUUUGUUGUUUGUUUGUUUGUUUGAUUUUGCUUGUUGGUUUAUUAGGGUUUUUUGUGAGUGUUGUGGAUGUUUUUUAGUAUCUGGAACCCAGAACACCAUGCUGGGCUGUGGAGUGCAGUCUAUCCAUAUAUUUUCGUUCUUUUAAAAUGUGAUCCUUCUGCUACAAGCACUUCAUACUUUCAAGGGCCCCUUGAAGAUGCCACUGAGGAUGAAGAAGAAGAGUGCCUGUCUGAGGAAAAUGAUACUAUCUCAAAAGAAGACUUUCCAUUGGAGGAAAGCUUUUCUGCAGAGUUUGAGCCUGAAAAUCUGAGCUGUGAAGAAGUGGAAUACUUUUGUAAUAAAGGCAAUGAAGAAGGCAUCCAGGAGGCAGCUGAAUCUGAUGGUGAUGCAAGGUCAGAGAAACCAGGGCAGCUUGCUGUAGAGACUGAAGAUUGGGAUGGGCCAGGAGAGUUGGAGGUGGUCCAGAAAGACGGGGAGCGCAAGAUCCAGAGCCGGCAGCAGCUUCCGGUUGGAACAACAUGGGGGCCUUUCACUGGGAAGAUGGAUCUGAAUAAUAACACCUUGAAGACAAAGGCUUCAGUCCCUAUGGUACUGACUGCUGGCCCCAAGUGGCUGCUGGAUGUGACUUGGCAAGGAGUAGAAGACAACAAAAACAACUGCAUUGUGUACAGCAAAGGAGGGCAGCUUUGGUGUACCACGACCAAGGCCAUCUCAGAGGGUGAGGAGCUGGUUGCCUUUGUUGUGGAUUUCGACUCUAGGCUGCAAGCUGCCAGUCAGAUGACUCUGACAGAAGGCAUGUACCCCGCCCGCCUGCUGGACUCCAUACAGCUGCUCCCGCAGCAAGCUGCCAUGGCAUCUAUUUUGCCUACAGCUAUUGUGAACAAGGACAUAUUCCCUUGCAAAUCCUGUGGCAUUUGGUACCGAAGUGAGCGGAACCUGCAGGCUCAUCUCAUGUAUUACUGCAGUGGGAGGCAAAGAGAGGGGCCACAGCUGUCAGAGGAGAGUGAGGACAGUGCUCAGCAGAUAUCCAGUGUCUGCCCCUUUCCACAGUGCACCAAAAGCUUUUCAAAUGCAAGAGCUCUGGAAAUGCACCUAAAUUCUCACAGUGGAGUGAAAAUGGAAGAAUUUCUCCCACCCGGUGCUAGUCUGAAAUGCACAGUUUGUACUUAUACUGCAGACUCAGUGAUUAACUUUCAUCAGCACCUGUUCUCGCAUCUUACUCAAGCUGCCUUUAGAUGCAAUCACUGCCAUUUUGGCUUCCAAACUCAGAGGGAGCUACUGCAGCACCAAGAGUUACAUGUCUCUGGCAACAAAAUUCAGAGAGAAAGUGACAUUGAACACUCUCCAAGUGGAAAUGAAGAAGGUUUACAGCCAGCAACAGACCUGUUGAGCAGAAAUGAUGUUCCCCAGAGCCAAAAGACCAUGCAGACUAAAGAUGCAAGUUCUGAUACAGAACUUGAUAAAUGUGAAAAAAAGGCUCCACUUUUCCUUCCAAACCAGAGGCCAGAAACCCAGCCUGCCACAAAUAAGCAGAGUUUUUCAUAUACCAAAAUAAAAUCCGAACCAUCCAGUCCAAGACUUGCUUCAUCUCCAGUUCAGCCUAAUAUUGGUCCUUCUUUCCCAAUGGGACCUUUUCUUUCCCAGUUUGCUUUUCCCCAAGACAUCACUGUGGUUCCUCAGGCUUCAGAGAUAUUAGCCAAAAUGUCAGAACUGGUCCAUCGAAGGCUGAGGCAUGGAAGUAGCAAUUAUCCACCUGUAAUUUACAGUCCUUUGAUGCCUAAAGGGGCUACGUGUUUUGAAUGCAACAUAACAUUCAAUAAUUUGGACAACUAUUUGGUACACAAAAAGCAUUACUGCAGCAGCCGAUGGCAGCAGAUGGCAAAGUCACCAGAUUUUUCCAGUGUUCCAGAAAAAAUGCCUGAAGCUGUAAGUCCCAGUAAUGGUCAAAGCUCUAUAAACAUCCUGAAUCCAGCUCCUCACACAUCAGAUCCAGAAAAUCAACUUCUGCAGACAUCUUGCUUAAACUCUUCCAAUGUUUUAGAUUUGAUUGGGCCAAACAAUAAAAGUCAUGAAAAAGACUUUACUGCACAGCCUAAGAAGUUGUCAGCUGCAAGCAAUGGUGAUGAGAAGAUAAAUGGAAAACCUUCUGAUGUGAAGAAUCCCAAUGCUCCCUUAGUAGAGGGGGAGAGUGACCCUAACAAGACCACGUGUGAAGCUUGCAAUAUUACUUUCAGCAGACAUGAGACCUACAUGGUCCACAAGCAGUAUUACUGUGCCACUCGCCACGAUCCCCCGCUGAAGAGGUCUGCUUCCAACAAAGUGCCUGCCAUGCAGAGAACAAUGCGUACUCGGAAGCGAAGGAAGAUGUAUGAGAUGUGCUUACCAGAGCAAGAGCAGAGGCCACCAUUAGUUCAACAGCGAUUUCUAGAAGUUGCUAAUCUUGGCAAUCCUUGUACAUCUACUCAAGAGUCAACAGAGGGCCUUGGAGAAUGUUACCACCCACGAUGUGAUAUUUUUCCAGGAAUAGUCUCGAAGCAUCUGGAAACGUCACUGUCUAUUAACAAGUGUGUUCCAGUUUCAAAGUGUGAUACUGCCCACUCCGCCGUGUCUUGCUUGGAGAUGGAUGUGCCAAUAGAUCUCAGUAAAAAAUGCUUACCCCCAUCAGAGAGGACGUCCACUUCUCCCAAAAGGCUGCUGGACUACCAUGAAUGCACCGUAUGCAAGAUCAGUUUCAACAAGGUAGAAAACUACUUGGCUCACAAGCAGAAUUUUUGUCCUGUCACUGCUCAUCAGCGCAGUGACCUGGGACAACUCGACAGUAAGGUGUUUCAAAACCCAGAAAGUGAAAGAAACAGCCCAGAUGUCAGUUAUGAGAGAAGCAUCAUCAAAUGUGAGAAAAACGGAAACUCGAAACAGUCCUCUCCUAAUGGAAACUUAUUUUCCACACACUUAGCAACACUUCAAGGACUGAAAGUCUUUAGUGAAGCGGCCCAGCUUAUUGCUACAAAAGAAGAAAACAAACAUUUGUUUCUUCCACAAUGCCUUUACCCUGGAGCAAUAAAGAAAGCUAAAGGAGCAGAUCAGCUUUCUCCAUAUUAUGGAAUAAAGCCAAGUGAUUACAUUUCUGGUUCUCUCGUCAUUCAUAAUACUGAUUUAGAUCAAAGCACAAAUACAGAAAGUGAAUCUCCUAAAGGCCAGGCGCCUUCGAAUGGAUGUGCUGUGCAGAAGAAAGAAUCUCUUCCACUACUGCCGAAAAACCGAGGCAUGGUAAUAGUUAAUGGGGGACUAAAACAGGAGGAAAGACCUGCUGCUAACCCACAGCAAGAGAACAUUUCCCAGAAUCCUCCACAUGAAGAUGGGCACAAGUCUCCUUCUUGGAUCUCUGAGAAUCCCUUAGCUACAAAUGAAAAUGUCUCUCCAGCAAUUCCUACAGCAGAGGAACAGUUGUCUAGUAUAGCUAAAGGUGUGAAUGGCUCUACCCAGGCUCCAACCAGUGGAAAGUAUUGCCGACUGUGUGACAUCCAGUUCAACAAUCUCUCAAACUUUAUAACUCAUAAGAAGUUUUAUUGCUCUUCACAUGCAGCAGAACAUGUCAAAUGAAACGAUCAGUCACCUUUGGUACAUGUGUUUAGCAUAUUGUUCCAUACAGUUUAAAGAAAGCUGUUUGAAUUACAUCUGGACAAUCAGGAGAUUUCACUAUUGCUGAGUUGAAGACUUAAAGGUGUAAUUUCAUUACAGUCCAUUAGUAAAGUGUAUUAUUGGUGCCAUUUUCAAAAAUAUUAAUUUAUUUUACCAGCAGUAUUCAUAGCUGUAGUUAUGUUAUUUUUUAUUUAAAAACUUUAUAUUAAAGUCAUUUGUAAUGUUAUUGUAUAGUUAUUGUGUAGCACAUAUGGUUUGCACUGUAUAGUAGAUUUUAAAGAAAUAGUCGCAAACAAUACAGAAAAGCAUUUUAGAAAUAGCUUCAAAAGCACUUGUGUAUCCUGAUUUUUUUUUCUUAUAUGCUGUUGCAGAUAUAUGUAUAUGCUAAAAUAUAACUUGCAAAGAAGUUUCAACUAUGCUGUAAAGUUCGCCUUAAAAUUUCAAUUUUUUUGAACAAUUGGGCUCAGUUUGCACUUUAUAUUUUAGCACAUACAGUACCUUAGUCAUUAGGCUUUGCAUUUGUAUGUAGCAGUAUGUUUCUGUCCACUUUCUUAAUCUGAAACGUACGUUAAAUGAAGAUGGCAUUUUCUUUCUUGUAUAGUACUUGUAUUUUCUUUCGCUGAUGCAUCUCUGUCUCAAUUUUUAAACCUUUGCUGUUAAAUGCAAUACUUUAUAAAGAAUGAACAAAAUUACUGGAAGCAGUAUUGUAAGAAAUGAGGUCAUAUCAAUCAGUUUUAUCUUUUGAAAGGCACAGUCUAAAACAAAACCCUAAACUCAAUGCUGCAAGUAUGAAUCUAAUUCAUAUAUAAGAUAUAUUUAAAUAUAAGAGUAGCAAUACUGCAACUGGUGAUCACAAAGAUAAUGUUCUACUUCUGAUAGAAAUAAUUUCUCAACAAAUGUUGUUACUAUGCAUGUAUAUGGAUGGAAUAAAAUUCCAGAUAAUUGGAGAA